CCUGGUCAGGCCAUUCAAGCAAGCACUUAAGCGCCUCGAGCGGCUCUAUGCCUCCAGUUCAGUGGUCUCCCUUCGCCACCUCAAGCCAGCACCUGGCCAUUUUUCAAGCGACCAGUUUCCACCCAGAUCGCCUCGUUUUCCUUGGCCAUGCACAAGUCCGCCCACGACUUCGCCGAGGCCAAGCGCCAGAAAGACAUCAUUUCCUGGGACGCCUACACUAAAGGUCUCAAGGCCGGCGCAUGGGCCAGUCUGGUCAUGGGUGCGGCCGUCUACGGCGCCAAUGCGUACCAUCACGGUUUCCGCACGCGUAUCGGCGUCAGUGGUAAAUGGGCCCUUGUAGUGUCGGCCUACCUGGCCGGAUUCGCCGUUGUGGCCGAGAAUCGUCUCCUGGCUGGGGCCAGAAACCCCGACAAGUACAUGGAGACACUCGACCCCAACUACGUCGAGGUCCGCAUGGUGAAGACGCAACUGCCGCUGCACAAACGAGCGGCCAACUUCGUGUACGAUCAUCCGUAUCGUAGCUUGGUGACGGCCGGCGUGCCUCUUGUGGGCGGUAUCUUUGCCUACCAGACCACGAAUGCCGGCAUCGCUCGUUCGCAGCAGAUCAUGCACACUCGAAUCUACGGCCAGGCCGCCGUGGUAGCCCUGCUGCUGGGCUCCAUGGCCUUUCACGAUUUCAUGGCCAAACGUGGCCGCUUCGAGGAGGACGAAGAGUCCAAGAUCGAGGAGCUGAAAGCGUAG